GUUGGGGAACUAAUCAGAGAUGAAAUGGACAUUCAGAUUAGUAACAUGCGCUUCUUCUCCGACAGCAAAGUCGUUCUUGGCUACAUCUACAAUGAGGCAAGAAGAUUUCACGUUUUCGUGAACAACCGGGUGCAACGCAUCAGACGAGCAACAGUACCAACUCAGUGGGGCUAUGUACCCUCGGUGCACAACCCGGCCGAUCACGGAUCCAGAUCUCUACCUGCCGAAAAACUGUUGUCCAGCACAUGGUUGAAAGGGCCGGAGUUUCCCUUAAAGCCCUUACAGAGCAACUCAUCAGGUACAUUCCAACUUCAAAACCCCGACUCAGACAUUGAAGUUCGUCCCUUGAUCACUGCCACCAUUCAAACAUCAUACCCCUGUUUAAAGACUGCAAACUUAGAAUCUUUCUCCAGCUGGCAGUCUCUUACCAGGGCAGUUGCACGUUUGGCACACAUUGCACGCACCUUUAAGGUAAAGCAAUCAGGCGGACAAUGUAAGGGAUGGCAUAUAUGUCAUGAACUCACUACCUCAGAUUUUGAGCAAGCAAGAGAGACGGUUAUAAAAGCAGUCCAACAAGAAAGCUUCCCAGAGGAGCUCAAACAAAUAGAGUCAAGGAAGGACAUCCCAAAGAAAAGCCCUCUCUUAAAGCUUUCUCCCUACCUUGACAAAUCAGGCCUCCUGAGGCUUGGCGGACGCCUUCUUCAUUCUGACCUUGAGUCCGCAGAAAAACACCCCUUGAUUAUGCCGCACAAACACCAUGUAACUAACCUGUUAGUCCGCUAUUACCAUGAAAGGGUCAGGCACCAGGGGCGUCAUCUUACAGAGGGUGCUUUAAGAUCCGCAGGUUACUGGGUCUUAGGAGGUAAACGCCAGAUCAGCAGCCUCAUUUACUCAUGCGUAGUUUGUCGCAAGCUAAGGGGAGUAACACAGUUCCAAAAAAUGUCAGAUCUUCCUGCAGAACGUCUUAGUGCUGAGCCUCCAUUUUCUUACGUAGGCAUAGAUGUGUUUGGGCCAUGGUCGGUUGCCUCUCGUCGUACUCGGGGCGGACUUGCCAGCAGCAAACGAUGGGCAGUGAUGUUCACCUGCAUGAGCACAAGGGCAGUUCACCUUGAGAUCAUAGAGGGGAUGGACACGUCUAGCUUCAUUAACGCUCUCCGCAGGUUCUUUUCAGUCAGAGGACCUGCAAAGCAAUUGAGAUCGGAUUGUGGAACUAACUUCACAGGAGCCUCCAGGGAGCUAGGGUUUGACAAAAGGAUUCCUUGUGACCCACGUGUUAAAUCCUUCCUAAAUGAUCAUGGAUGUAGUUGGGUCUUCAACCCUCCCUACUCUUCUCACAUGGGGGGCAGUUGGGAGUGGAUGAUAGGAGUGGCACGUAAGAUAUUAGACUCCCAGCUCGCUCAACUUGGUUCCAGGCCCCUCACGCACGACGUCCUGACCACCUUCAUGGCAGAGGUGGCCGCCAUCAUCAACGCACGGCCGCUGGUUCCAGUGUCAAGCGAUCCCGAUGUUCCGUGCAUCCUUACUCCCGCCACACUCCUCACGCAAAAAGUUGGUGCACCUCCAACACCCUUAGGUGACUUCGGGGAGAAGGACCUCUACAGGCAACAGUGGAAAAGAGUUCAGAGUCUGGCCAACUCUUUCUGGCAUCGCUGGCGUAAGGAGUACUUAUCAACACUGCAAUGCCGCUGCAAGUGGCAUUCCACCAGACCAAACCUGCAGCAGGGGGAUGUGGUCCUCCUGAAAGAUCCUCUCGUGAAGAGAAAUCAGUGGCCCAUGGGGGUGAUUGCAAAGGUUCAUCCCAGUAGUGACGGACUUGUCAGGAAGGUAGAAGUCAAGGUGGUGAAAGAUGGUAAAGCCAAAGUUUACUUUAGGCCAGUCACAGACGUUGUUCUUCUUGUAUCAGCUGCUGUGCAACAAGUUUAGUUUGGGUCCAAGUGUGACAUCUUACCGAU